CAGGACUGCCUCUGAAUCGCAGUCCAGAAAGAAGAAACAAUCGUGUUGAUUUAAGUUGAACAUUUGUCUCUAAGAUUAAGAACAAAGCCAUGCCAGUGCUUUCGGAAGACUCAGGAUUGCAUGAAACUUUGGCCCUUUUGACAUCUCAGCUAAGACCUGAUUCAAAUCAUAAAGAGGAGAUGGGAUUCCUUAGGGAUGUCUUCAGUGAAAAGAGUCUCAGCUACCUGAUGAAGAUUCAUGAAAAACUCCGUCAUUAUGAAAGACAGAGUCCAACUCCUGUUUUACAUAGUGCAGCAGGAUUAGUUGAAGAUGUAAUAGAAGAAUUGCAGACUGCACCAGUGAAUAAUGAAGAAAAAGAGCUACUUCAGCUGUUGUCAACACCACAUCUCAGGGCAAUGCUUGUAGUACAUGACACUGUAGCACAGAAGAAUUUUGACCCAGUCCUUCCACCUCUUCCCGAUAACUUUGAUGAUGAUUUUGAUGAGGAAUCAGUGAAAAUUGUUCGGCUAGUGAAAAAUAAAGAACCCUUGGGAGCUACCAUCAGAAGAGAUGAGCAUACAGGAGCUGUGAUUGUAGCAAGGAUCAUGAGAGGCGGUGCAGCUGAUCGCAGUGGUCUUGUCCAUGUUGGAGAUGAACUAAGAGAAGUCAAUGGUAUUACUGUGCUUCACAAACGACCAGAAGAAAUAAGUCAGAUUUUGGCUCAGUCUCAGGGAUCAAUAACAUUAAAAAUAAUUCCAGCCAUCAAAGAAGAAGAUCGUCUAAAAGACAGUAAGGUGUUUAUGAGGGCGCUUUUCUGCUAUAAUCCCAAAGAAGACAGAGCCAUUCCCUGCCAGGAGGCUGGGCUGCCAUUUAAGAGACGACACGUCCUAGAGGUUGUAAGCCAAGAUGAUCCCACGUGGUGGCAAGCAAAGCGUGUUGGAGAUACCAACCUCAGAGCAGGCUUGAUCCCCUCAAAACAGUUCCAAGAAAGACGAUUGACUUACAGAAGAACAAUAGGCACUCUGCAGAAUCCCAGAACUGUGAAGAAACCAUUAUAUGAUCAGUCUUCUGAUAAAGAAGACUGUGACUGUGAAGGAUAUUUCAACGGACAGUACAUAGCUGGCUUACGCAGGAGCUUUAGAUUAAGUCGUAAAGAGGAGAACAAUCUGAAUGAAGGAAAGCAAGCAGAGCAGGCAGAUGCAGUAGAGUUCCUAACAUACGAAGAAGUCACAAAAUAUCAGCAGCAGCCUGGUGAACAGCAGAGGCUGGUGGUUUUGAUUGGUUGUUUGGGGGCCAAAUUAAGUGAGCUCAAGCAGAAGGUUGUGUCAGAGAACCCACAGGAUUAUGGUGUUGCAGUUCCACAUACGACCAGGUCAAAGAAAAGUCACGAGAAAGAGGGAGUAGAAUACAAUUUUGUCUCUAAGCAAUCAUUUGAGACAGAUGUGCAGCAAAACAAAUUUGUGGAACAUGGAGAAUACAAAGAAAAUCUGUAUGGUACAAGUCUUGAGGCAAUCCGGUCCGUGAUGGCCAAAAAGAAGGUUUGUUUGGUGGAUGUGGUACCUGAAGCAGUAAAGCACUUGAGGACUCCUGAGUUUAAGCCUUAUGUUAUCUUUGUGAAGCCUCUCAUUCCAGAAAAGAAAAAACAUGUCCUAAAAUCUCCCACGUCAGAAGAAAUCUCAGCCUCCUUUCAGGAUGAAGAACAGCAGGAAAUUAUUAAUUCAGCAGCAUUCAUUGAAGAGCAGUAUGGCCAUUUAAUUGACACUGUACUGGUGAAAGAAGAUCUCCAGAGUGCAUGUAAUCAGCUGAAAACUGUGUUAGAGAAACUAAACAAGGAUUCAUUCUGGGUGCCAGUCAACUGGGUUAGGUCAUAGCUUAUCAUCUGUUUAAGGGAAAGAUUAUAUAAAAAUGUCUUGUAAAGAUACGGAUUAGAAGAGGGAAGUAUGUCAAAUUCACUUCAAAACUGCUGGUCUAUCUAGAAGCUAAUAAAGACUGUAUGAGAAAAACUAAACAAAGUCAGAAGCUGACACUGCCUUCCUGGAUCAAAAUCUUGAACAGCAGCUGUCAUUUAAAAGUGAAUACUCAGACUAAACAGAUCAGUAAAAGAUUGGAGUGACUUUUAGACUGUAAAUAGCGCAUUUUGUACAGUAAAGUUUCACAGAGGGUCUCACACUUCCAAAGCAUUUAAGUAGCGCUAGGACACUAACCAGCUGGAAUUUUCAUCCUUUGGCUACAACUUUUGUGGCUAGACUUAAGGCAUCUGAACAAGGUACAUUUCAGGAACCAGUCUGCCUACAGAACAAGCUACUUUAGCUAGGUGGGAGGGAUGUCCUCUGGAGAGUGCUUACACCAUGUCAGUUACUCAAAAGUUCAACUGGCUGACAGGCCAGCAAAACCUGUUUCCCUUCACUCAGGAUCAUUAGUUGCAAAUCCUUCCCAAUUAGGCCCUAAAACUAGGUCAGUUAUAUAAGUUGUAUAUAUUUUAGUGGCUGAGGGAUGAGUUGUUUUUUUCAUGUCCAUCCCACAUUUCCCAAUGCUUCCACGUUGUCUUGCACAGGUAUGAAUCUGCUCAUCCAUAGCGUAUGCCCACUUUCCCAAUCUCUUCCUACUGACACAGGACAAAUGUGAAACCACCUGUGAACACACCUGUGUGACUAGCCAGCUCAUAAACCAGAGACAUUUUUUAGUCUACAUGAAAAUAACUGCAUAUGAUUUAAAACAGGACUUCUAAGAAGCUUAUUUUCUACAAGACAUGUUUGCAAAUGCCACCUGAUGGGAUAUCACCUUGACACUUAACAUAGCAGCUCCAAAAAGGGCGCUAAAAGGAGGAGGCUGAAGUACCAAGUAGCUGAGCUACAGGUCCAAAUCAUCAUCCUUCCAGUAUUUAUGACUACCUUUGUUCCAAAUCAGGUAAAGGCUUCCAGAGCAUCUAAUUGGCUACAACAAGUCCUGAAGAAGAGGACUCUAUAUAUUUCAGGAGACUUGAAUAUACAGGAUUUUUAGAUGGAUGUUAAUAAGAAAAUGCAGAGAGAUGAUUCUGGAAGCACCUAUGCUUUAUAAUUAUUUGAAAAAAAUUAUGAGUAUUGUACAGGAGCAUGUUAGCUGAAACUAGUUCUUGUUUUCCAGUGCCUGCUGAGGUCUAAUCUUUCCUGUGUACUGUGCCCUUUAACAAGACCUUUUGGUGCACCAGUCUUAUGCCUUGCCUCUUAACAGUAUGAUGUUAUUCUUGUUCCACUGCAUUUAGCAAAACUAACAGCAUUGCAUAUUAAAAGCACAUUUCUUAUAUACCAGUGUCACUGAAUCUACAUUAACUCUAGCCCAAAGAGCUGUAUAGGACAGUUGGCCAUAUCCAUCUUCUCCAAACCUGUGUACCCUGGCAACUUUCAUGUAUUAUCCUGCCUAUAGGUAUUGAGGUUCC